AUGGUCGAGCGAGUCAAAAUCCCAGCCUGCAAAGGCCCAGCAGGUCACACCGGGCUUGAUGGCUCCCGGUGGUAUGGGAUGAUCGGCGCGUGGGAGAUCCAGGGCUUCGUGAUAUGUGAUGCGUGCUAUCACGAUCUGGUGGCGUGGAGUCAGCUCAGGAGAUACUUCACCACGACGCCGACGAUCAAGUCGGACGAGGGAUCAUGGACGUGCGAUGCGGCGGUGCCGCUAAUAAAGGAAGGACUCCGUCGGGCGACCACGUCACCCAACCUCUGGGAUGACCUGCACCUCCUUUUCAGAAGACGGAUGGAGUAUUCCUCUUGUAUGGAGAUGAAGAACCUCCAGGCUCGCUCGACACAUUGGUACGGCUCUAAGGCGGUCCCCGACCUGAUUGUGUGCACGACAUGCUACCUGGACCACUUCGUGUUGGACCACGCCAGGUCGUGGGAGCUCCUCUCCCUCACGGCAGAGAAGCAACAGCAGCAACUCGAUUGUGCGAUGCAUACAGUUCAAAUAUAUUCCGCUUGGGUUGCCUGUAAACGAGUCAGCAUCGCUGAAAAUACCGACGAGUACGACGGCUUCGAGGAUCUGGCCAGAAUAAUCCUCAAGUCCCCUCCCUGCAGUACAGAGGACAUGCGCAACGCCACCUGGUACACCCCACAGGAUUGCACCGGCGAUGCAUUCGCCAUCUGCAAACGGUGCGUCCUAGCGUUCAUGGUCGGUCCCGGGUUCGCCACGGAGUUCAAAGAAGUCAACUUCCGGCGUAAUGGCAACUGGGUCUGCGAUUUGAACCCUGCAACGCCACGGUUCCUUAAGUAUCUCGCAAAAUACGAGGCCGCCGUGAAGCGAGAAAACUUCUCCAUCUUCUCCGAAUUUGUGUCGGAGUAUGCACCAUUGCCCGAUUUACUGGAAACCCGAAGAAUGGCGGAUUACAAAGAGAUCAUUCAUUCAUCACACUUCACAUUUCUAGUUGGCGAGGACCAGACUCCCUUGACAAUCUACACAGCAGUUGUGCAAAAUAAUUCAGAUCCGUUGUACGCUCUUAUCAGCAAUGGUCAUAUGAAGGAGUCUAAUACUGGAAAUGCGGCUCUUGAGGAUGUGGAAGUAGAGACUUUUAUGGGCUUCUGCGAAUAUGCGUAUACCGGUGCCUAUGUUACUCCUGACCGUACUUUAUCUCAAGAUGAUGAAGGUCGACAUUUGGGUCAUGAGCCAGCAUCGUCCUCACCGGAUCCCAAUGGUCUCUUCCAUGCGAAACUAUAUGUUUUCGCAACAAAAUACCUUAUCGAACCCUUACGCAAACAAUGCCUGAUCUUUAUUCACCGAGACCUCUGUAGCUUCUCACUGAAACGUGAGAGCACGCCCGUUAUUCUUGACUUGCUGGACUUCACCUACGCGCACUCUGGGCGAGGUGAGCCUGGUGGAAAAUCUCUACUUCGCGAUUUGGUCAUUCACUAUGCCGCUCGUGAGGCACGGACCCUCGCCGACGAUCUGGAUGUCUCUGCCCUCGUUGACUGA